UACCUAAGCGGAGGCUGUGUAGUGGGCUUAGCGAGGGCUGCGGAACCUGCCACUCUGCCUCGUGGAAAAGCUCGCACGUUCUUAUUAGUAGUCUUGUCUCCCUUCUCCAAAAAACUGGCUAGCCAUCUCGAUGGACUUGGAAGCUGAAGAACGCGCUCUUGGGAAUUGGCCGCGUCGCUUGCUCCACGUUCCCACCCUCACAUCCCACGCCUGGCAGCCCGGAAACGUAUACGGCAGCGUCCAGGAGCCGAAAUACAAUGCUAUUACAUACACCUGGGGCCGUUGGAGACUUUCCGGGGAACAGCUACCUCAUGUUCGGCCAGUGCCGAUCUCGAUAGACGGGGAUGAAUGGCCAAUCCCGAGAGUUGACCCAAAACAUUUCACGGCCGAAGAAUUCAAGAACCUUAUUCGUGCAGCCGCAAAGCUGCCGGCAAACUUUCGAGAUCCAGAUCCUGUCGAGUUCAUAUGGCUCGAUAUCGCUUGCAUCCAUCAGCGCGAUGACCCCAGGUCCGCGGCGGAAAUUGGUCGCCAAGCGGUCAUCUUCCAUGGCGCGAAGGCAGUAUUCGUCUGGCUGACGACACAUGGCCAUCAGCAGCUGGAAAGAAUAAUGAAGGAUCUAUCGAUUGUCAUGGGCGAGUCACCGUCCGAACAUACUCCGCGUUACUUGCAAGCGAUCAAGAAUCUCCCCGUCCUGCUCAACGACCCAUGGUUUUCGUCGCUGUGGACAUUGCAAGAGGCCUUCCUUCGACAUGACGCCCACGUGCUAUCCAGAGAAGCUAGGCUCGUUGCAAGGCUCACCGGUGGGCACCCACCUAUUACCAUCCAUACGUGCACACUCUCCGAUCUCCUGACCUUGUGUUCAUAUUGGAAAAAUGCUUGCGCUAGGGUAUCAGCCAGUCCUUUAACCGAGGAGAAGGACUAUGAGGCUGCCAUUCGCCUCAUAGAGGAAAGGGGGCUCAGCGCACUAUAUUCGCGUCAGGAACUGCACAUCUACAUUGCUGCUCAAUCAAGAACAGCGACCCGUAGCGAGGAUCGCAUUUACGGAAUACAACAAAUUUUUGGCUUGCGGCUAGGUAACACCGCACCCGUUGCAAGCGGAAAAGUCUUCAACUUCAUACAGCUGGAGGCUCAACUUGCAAAGACGCUGUUAUUGCAAUAUCCGAUUCAGAGCCAGAUGCAUGUUUUUCGGAGCCAUGUCCCUCCUCGUGCGAGGUGGAGAGUACAGCCCUGCUCGCAGACACUCUCGGAGGAUCUGUGCCCUACUCCGCGAAUCCUGGACGAGGGAUCGGUGAAGGGAGAAGAUUCGAGUGUCGUCGUCCACUGUCGGUUCUUUUUGGAUCACCAUAGUCACACACCGAAAGCGCUGUCUUUCGCCGGCCGUAUGAGUCCAUUCCCAAGGCUGAGGGAACGCUGGAAUCGAAUAGGCAGGAGGAUGGCGUGGAUAAGAUCUCAUGGCCUCGAUGAUGGCUCUCACAAUGGAGAAUGUCUGGACCCUUUAUACGUCCAAUUGGACGUGGCGGAUGAACUUCCAGGUGCGCCUCACCCCGGAACCGAUUCCAUCGAGGUUAUUCGGUGGCUGCUGCAAAUGUGUCCCGACGACCAACUCCAAGUCUUGCUCCUCGGCUUUGGCUUGUCUUGGAGGACCAAGGGACACUACCAGGAUGGCAUGUAUGGGCUUCUCAUGCUCCGUCACCAAGAACAAUGGGCGCGAGUGGGCGUAUGCCAAUGGAGCUCUCAGUUCGACUGGACGUCCCCAGAUCUAGGCAUGGGGGAUGACGACAAGGAGUUCCUUCGAGGAUAUGGAGAGGGCUGGACCGAGCAAAGCGGGAUUUUUGGAUACGUUGACUAAGCUGCUCCGGGGAGAUGUGGUGU